UGGCUGGCCCAGGAAGUACAGGUGCAAACAAUUAACCUGUGCUUCCCACCUGAGUGGAGGCAGUGGAAUGGGUCCACCCCCAACCAGAGUCAUUUAAGAGUUAGCCUCUGAGAGGAGAUUAUUUGGCUGGAAGUCACUUUGUUAGGAGCAUUCUGUGGCUAGAGAUCCUUACUGCUACUGGGCAGGCCUCGCAUUAAGGGGAAGAAAGCAGUUGUAUGAGGAGCCUGUUCCUGGUGUCUGUUGUAAUUUGAAAUGAUUUCUUAUCACCCAAUGGGCUACAUGAAACAGAACAGUAAUUAGCUUCUGCAAAGCCUGCCUUUGGUCUGACGUGAAUCAAACAAGUCACAUCGCAGAUUGUUUCAAUGCAGUGCGAAGCUGUGACUCCAUCUCUGGGAUUUGUUUCCCCCCAUAUACAGCUCAAAUCCCAAGUUUGAGCAAGGGUCAUUCUGCUUUUCAAGAUCCUGUAAAGUGCAAAAUCAAACAAACAAAAACAAGAGCAAAUCUGUUCUUUUUUCAGUUUAGGGAUGCUAAAUCACUGAAUCCUACUGUGCAAAUGGAGAAAGAUUUGUGUAAAUCUGGCUGUGUCAUUGUCAAGAAGCUGCAGUCCAGCCCUGACUAACCAUUCAAGAUGUCUGAGAUGUUGUUAGCUUGCAAGUGUAUCAAUGUGUGCUGAAACUUGUAGGAAGAAAAACCAGGUUAUGGGAAUUGAUUUCCUGAGAGGAAGUUUAAACAAAUCAGCUAUCCGUUCCUUUGAAUUAAAUCACUAUCGUUGAAUACUAACUAUAUUGUUCAGCUUUACCUGAAAUUCUAAUCAGAAGUGAUCCCUUGUAGUAGGAAGUAGCAUCAUGCUGUACAGACACUGCCUGUUGUGAUGAUGAAUAAUCGUUACAUGGCUCUUGGUAGCUGGGUAACAAUCAGGCUAUGCUACUGCCCACCAAGUUGCAGGGGAAGUGAGCAUGUUCCAGAGCUGGCAGUGUCCUUGCAAGUCAUCGAGGCAAAAAGCCUGUCUGCUUGCUCCUUUCCACAAAGCAGGAAAGAAGGUGGGAAGUGCAAAGUGUAGGAGAGAUCAUCCAUUUCUUUUGCCAUAGCAAUUCAUCAGAUGGACUAACUGCUGUGCCUGCAAAUCCUUCUUAGCAUCUCACGGCACACACUACAGCACUGCUAGUGAAGCACCGUGCUGCUUACGGGCGCAUGAUGUCCUCCUUUUCUAGGGAGCAAAUAAUAUGCUUGAGAGCUGCACUUCCUCCAAACUGAUGAGUCCUCGAACGAGGAUCGCUUCGCGCUCCGAUACUCAAUUUCACCACAUGGUGGCAUCGUUGCUGUCUUACUGAUGCCUACAGCCCGGGGAUCAGCCCGAAGACCUACGAGAUACAGAGAAGAUUACAAUAAGAUGAAUGAUGAUUAGAGUAAAAACCAUUGAGGCAAAGUUACCAUGAAGGGAUCGAACAAGGCACUAGGACCUAGGAGGCGUCUCAUCCACCCUGGCAGGAAUUUCUUGCUUGGAGCUCAGACAACAAAGGCAGAGCGAGCCUGGUUUUCUUUCUCUCAGCAUCUCCACCCUGCGCGCUGAAAACCGCUUCAGAUCUUUAGGGUUCACCAAACUAUGGAACUUGAUUUUGGACACUUUGACGAACGAGACAAGGCGUCCAGAAACAUGCGAGGCUCACGUAUGAAUGGGUUGCCCAGUCCUACUCACAGUGCUCAUUGUAGCUUCUACAGAACCAGGACCUUACAGGCACUGAGUAAUGAGAAGAAAGCCAAGAAGGUGCGUUUCUAUCGCAACGGGGACCGCUACUUCAAGGGAAUUGUAUAUGCUGUGUCUUCCGACCGCUUCCGAAGUUUUGAUGCUCUCCUGGCUGACCUGACCCGGUCCCUGUCUGACAACAUUAAUCUGCCUCAGGGAGUCCGUUACAUUUACACCAUUGAUGGAUCGCGGAAGAUUGGAAGCAUGGAUGAGCUGGAGGAAGGAGAGAGUUACGUAUGCUCAUCUGACAACUUCUUCAAGAAGGUGGAAUACACGAAGAACGUCAAUCCCAACUGGUCUGUCAAUGUGAAGACAUCUGCCAACCAGAAAGCACCUCAGUCUCUGGCCAGCAGCAACAGCGCCCAGGCAAAGGAGAACAAAGAUUUUGUGCGUCCCAAGCUGGUAACCAUCAUCCGUAGUGGGGUGAAGCCCCGGAAGGCAGUCCGUGUGCUCUUGAACAAGAAGACGGCCCAUUCGUUUGAGCAAGUUCUCACUGAUAUCACUGAAGCUAUAAAGCUGGAGACAGGAGUGGUCAAAAAGCUGUAUACUCUGGAUGGAAAGCAGGUGACCUGUCUCCACGAUUUCUUUGGGGAUGAUGAUGUGUUUAUUGCCUGUGGUCCCGAAAAAUUCCGCUAUGCACAGGAUGACUUUUCUCUGGAUGAAAGUGAGUGCCGGGUGAUGAAAGGGAGCCCUGCAGCUGCCACGGGCAGUAAGUCAUCUCCCACCCCUCAGAAGAGCUCAGCAAAGAGUCCAGCCCCAAUGCGCCGCAGCAAGUCUCCAGCUGAUUCAGGUAACCAUCAAGACGCAAAUGGGACCUCGAGCAGUCAGCUGUCUACACCCAAAUCCAAGCAGUCCCCCAUCUCCACACCUACCAGCCCAGGGAGCCUCCGUAAGCACAAGGUAGACUUGUAUCUGCCUCUGUCUUUGGAUGACUCUGAUUCCCUUGGAGAUUCCAUGUAAAGCGACAUGACGUCAAUAGUCCGUACUGCAAGCUAUGUUUAAGAUACAGUAGAGUACUUCUGCCAAACUAAGCAGAUAGGUGACUGGUGCUUUCAAAUCAGACAAAGGACACACAGUUAUAUGUCAUUUUUUUUCUGUGAUUUAUCCUCUCUACCACAAAUCAACACCUACCAGUCUAUAGAGAUAGAGGGAUACCAUUCUCUUAAGCAGAGUUUUAGGGAUGCAAAAUGGACAUUGCCAGCAAUUUUGGGCCGUUAUGCCGCUGAUCCUGUGCACUUCCCACAUUCUUCUAUUAUUUCUUCUUCUGCAAAUAUGUAAUUUUCCUAUGACAGCAAUGGAAAGCUCCCCCAGAAGUGUGUGAAUCAAUCUGUUGCUGACAAAUUCUGACAACUCUUUACCUCCAAACUGCCAACUCUUGCUUGUUCCUCAUUUGCAGCCCUGAUUUUAGCACUUGCAUACUAACUAGUACUGUUUUUGUUGUUACAGGGCAGGAAGGGAAAUGACUUAUUAGUUCGAUGCUUAAUAUGUCAGCAAAAGCUUGGACAAGAUCAGGAAUGAUAACAUGAGAUGCUAAGUAAGGUUAGUGCAAUAGUGAAUUUUCAGAUAUUCAAAUAUUGGGAGUUGUUAAAUAAUUAAGCAAAAUAAUGUAAGUCAGUUGAGUUGUCUAGAGUUGAACAGAUUCACAUAUGGUCCAGAAACACUGCUAGCUGGUAACAAACUUUUACAACCACCCUAUGGUAUCUCUCUAUCUCUGUUUUUAAAAGUAAUGCCUUGUGAACAGCCAACACUGAAAACACUGUGAGAAUUUGUUUUCAGGUCUGACAUCCUACAGGUCACUUUUUAUAGCAAAAAAUCAAUACACUUUUUAUAAAGGAAAACCUUGUAUCUGUGUUUUGGAGUAAAGAUUCAAGCUCCUUCUUUUUUAUAAAAGCUGGUAAUUUUGUUUUGUUUAAAAAAACACAUUCAGAAAAAUGAACAAAAAAAACCCCACCAACUGCAGAACAGUAACAACAACGAAUCAGUUUAGAAAUCUUGUCAUCACUGCCAGAACAGACACUUGUAGGGGGAAAAAAAGUCAGUUCAAAAUAUUGAAUGUUUUGAUAGUUUUUGUAAUGUUUAAGAUAUGUAUUUGUUUUUUUACACUUCUGUAUUCAUAACUAUGGCCAGAUUCUCUACUUCUAUAACAAAUGAAACUUUGUGUGUUUGAAAACCCAUAUUUUAAGAAACUCUUCUAUCUGACAAAAACAAACUUAUUGUAUUUAGAGAAACGUUUUGCUUUUAUUAAUCAGUAAUGACUCCUAUGGAAUGCAAAGUUCAUCUACUCACGCAGGGCUGGUGGUUUUUACUACGCCGAAAUUUUGUUAUAGGCUAGCUGGCAUUGCCUCUCUUUCUCAUGGAACAAGCUUUUGAUGAAACUGAUUAUUAUGGAACUUUACCUAAAGGAAAUCUGUGCAAUCAAAUAUUUCUUUCUUGCUCUAUUUGCCUUUGUUUCAACAUAUACAUCUAUUCCUUAUUCUCUUGCAACCCCUUGUGAUUAGAAUGAAUUAUAAUGUGAUGUUUGAUGCUAUAUGAAUGCUGGGUUGUUCAGAAAGCCACUCCAUGUUUUGUUUGCUUGCAUUGCUGAUACGAAACAAUCUGUGCAGGCUAUGUCUUUAGAGGUUCAUGUGAUGAUACAUGUAAUGCAACUUUAAGAAGAUGCAUCUGAGAGAGGACAGAAUUGGGAAUUACCAAGGGGUCAGAAUUAUGCACCAAUUUUGCACCCUGUAGUCUUAGUGCAUGAUCUUUUACACAGAGUUUUGUGAAAGAAAUCAUUUGUGCCCACAAAUAACUUCAUUUAAUUGAGUAAUUUGCUGACUAUGUGACUGCUAAAUGAACGUUUCACCUAUUGUAUAUAGAAACCUGGUGUCAGUUCAGAAGGCUAGAGGCUCAUGUUGAAGCUGUAUAGGGGAAAGUACUGUGGACGAAGCAUAGGUGUAGUCAGGAAACCUUCAUUCAGUCUUUUGGCACUGAUUCAGUGUCUGAAGGGGAGCAGGUCUGCUAGUAACACUGUGCCUCAAUAGGUCUACCCAUCCCUGUGUGGAUAACACUGUUCUACCUCACUGGGGGUUGUGAAUCCAAAUGUUGGUUAGCAUUUGUAAAGUGCUUUCAGAUCCUCUAACAGAAGGUACUGAACUGUUCCGGGUGCAGAUUUUGCUGUGGAUGCUGAUUUUUGGCUGUUUAAUCCACUAGGUGCUACUGUAGAGCCUAGUCUUGAGAAAACAGGGCUUUCUUAAGCAUCAGGAUAGCAAAGGCCACGGUUAUGCCAACAAUAUUGUUAAUUAGAACAUUUAUCUUAGUGAAAGCUCUAGCGAGAUAGAUAUUUGGCUUGCUUUUACCCUCUUCUCUGUUCUGUUGAUGUAAAUCUGAAGGAGACCAAGGAGACCAGCCAUAAAAUUAGAUCUAGGUUCUCUUGCAAUUCAGCCUAGACUCUCACCACUUUUUCACCAGGAAUACCUAAUUCUGUGAUGCCCAUAAGCAGACUGAAGUGCUAGAGUUGCUGAUGAUGUUACAGGAGUCAGAGAUACGCUUCCGUCCAGUACCCACAAAUUCAGUUUGUAUAAGACAAAGCAGGAUGCCAAAGGUCAAAUAAACCUUUGGAUGGAUGGUGGUGAAGGUUGUUGUUGAGAGGUGAUUCCUUUCCUUCCUGCCACAGUAGUGGUUAUUUAAAUAUGAUCUUCCUUGUAGAGUAUGCUAAUAAAUCAGUUAGGCCUUCCUCCUGUGCUGUACUUAGUGAUAUACCUAAAACCUCAUCCUGCAAGUACUUCCUUAGGAGUUUUUUUUUGCACUAGGAUUAUCCUUGGGUGAGGCUGAGCCCAGUAAUUUCUUCAGGGCAGUACCAAGGGAACCUGAAAAGGCCUAAAAGAAGAAGAAAAAAUCUUCAGUGGGAAGAAUAGCCAUUCGAACCUGCAAAAGCCACAAAGAAAACAGGGUAUGAGGUCCAACUCAAAGUUUUAAAAAGCAGUUUUCUAGGUAGAACUGCUUAGGCAGUAGAAGUCAGUGAGCAUUUCAGCUGUAACAUAUUGUUAAGUCUGCAUUAAUGCUAUUACUGCAUGAGGUCUUGUACAGAAAUGCAUGUGGAUGUACUGUACAUUCAACAGUAGGUAUUUUUGGCUUUGUAGGAUGCCUAACAUAGAUUUGAUUACAAAGAGAAAUAAUGCACAGGUAUCAUUUAAAUAGAGGAACAGCCUUGAUUCAGCAAAGAAGUAUGCUUAUAUUUUCACACGUGCUUUACUCCUGUUGAUUUUCCAUGAGAUGUAAGUCUGGGUUUGGCCAGAAAGCUUUCCUGAACUAGAAUGAAUUAGGAAUUAGUUUCACUGUGCUGUAAUAAUUCCAGACCUUAUGAGAUCCUGGAGCAAGUGACUGCAACUCUGUUACACACUCCAGAGUUUACGUUUUAUGUAUUUUCUACAUUUGCAGGCACAUAAAAAAAGCACUACAGGAUGUGAGGAUUUGCCAUAUUAAUUCUGCUGUAAAAACCCUAUCUGAUUUCCCCCAUGAGGCUGCCUUUAGUGUUUUCAGAAACUAAUUGAAUCAUUAACACUAUAUUGAUUUAAAACAAUUCAGUAUUUAAAAGCAAAUUGGAGAGAUUCUUAAUCUGGUACAGAGCUUUGUUUCUUUGAAAUCCACCUUUAUUUAUUCAGUACCAAGUAUAUUUUAGCAAAUUUGCGUAUUAAAUUAUAUAAAAAAACUAUUUCCACAUAUAAUCAUUAGUAAGGAAUUAGAGCAAUAUCCUUCAGCCAUAGAAAGACCAACGUAUUGAGUCUUCAUACCUUUCCACGGCAGUCUCAACUGUAGAAUAUCAGGGCAGUGCAGCAAAGUUCUUGAGCCUUGGGAGUUUUGUCACUUGUAAAGCAUUUAUAUUCUGAACCUUUUGAGUUAAAUCUCCAUCUGAUGUCAGAUUUGGAAUUAGUUCAUUUCCACCUACUAGACAGCCAACCAGUACUCUACCCCUUGAAGUAAUUUUGAAAGAGUUUGGUAAUGAAAUUCUACCUUGGUCCACUUUGCAUUAGGAGAUGGAAUUAAGCUUUUGUCUUCUGUUGUCUGUGUUUCCCACAUCUGCAUAUUAUUUACAGUAUUAUCAGAAUCUGAAAAGCCUAUUUUCAUAGGCAACAGAAGAAUAAUUCUGCUUAGAAAAGAACUUCCACAUCUCUCUUUCUCAUUUAGCUAGCAUACAUAUAUGCUUGCAAAGAAUCACACACAGUCUAGCUGUUACUUCUCUCAUUUCCUUGAACAGUGCUCUUGAAAAUAAAAUGAAGAGACAGGACUCAUAAUUUUGGCUAACAGCAAAACAGUGUUACACCCAAGCAUUUCUAAUAGGAAAUACUGGUAUAAAUUUGUUAGUUCCCACUUACUGAUGUGGAUACUGAUAUUUUCUAGGCUGCCUUGUGUUUCCUUUUCCAUGUCUUUGCACUGACUGCUGAUCUGAUUGGAAACGCAAAGAAAACCUUUUGAAAUUGCUCUGUAAUACCAAGCUGACUCCCUAAAAUAAAGCAUCAUUCAGUGACAGCUAUCCCUGGAAGUUCCACCUUCUCUGCAGGGGUAUGCUGUGGAUUUUGCAAGUAUGAGCCUUUUUUAUCAUAGUAAAAGCAUGUGUAUUUUGCUAUGACCUCGGUGGCACCCCACAUCCAUUCAAGGCAAUUGGAGAGAUAUCUUUGGCUACACUAAAGUAACAAUUGUUUUUAGAUAAAGGAGGAAAAGAUAGCCAAGUAAAAGAGGUACAAAGUUAGUCGAGAAAGUUCUCCACAAGCUAAGACAAUACACAAAAGAAAAGCUAUAUAGAGGUGUAUUUACCACACAGAAGGUGCUGAUCACAACCAAGACAGAACAACACAUUUUCUUUAAUGGUAAUUUAGGCUCAAAAUUAUUUUUCUGGUUACUGACAGAAGCAAAUUAGAAUGGUAUUUGGGACUGGUGAUGUUGCUUGUAGAAGCAAAUGGAUGGCACAGAAUAAAUAUCUUUUUCUGCUAAGGUAGAUAAAGUACGAUGCAGCUCAGCCAACAAGAUGAGCAUGUUAUACAAGAUCCUAGAGGAGAUCCAGCUGAAUCAUCACCACUUUGGUUUAUUGAGGCAAAGCAGGUUAAGUCUUUAAGUGCCUUCCAACAUGCGUUGGGCUUCAGUAGCAGGACUACACGUAUCCAACAAGGCCUAGAUUAAAUGGCCUUGACAAAAGUGGGCAGGACAGAUUAGCUCUUGAGCCUCUUGAGAUGAUCAGCCCAUCUUGCUUUUAUGCAGUCAGCUCUAGAAAGUGACUGUCUCCAGGAUCACAGACAUCUUCUGGUUGAUGCCUUUGUCCCAUUCCUAUGAACCUGAGCAGGCCUCUCUGCAGUAUCUCAAGAAAUGUUAAACUGAGUUCUACGUCUUACAGUGCAGCCACUAAAUAUUAAUAGAUUGGCUGGGCAGGGUCUUGCUGCGUCAGCUAUCAACCCUGUUAUUCAGGUAUUCUUCACCCUCUCUCUUUGCCCCGACUUGAGAUCUGGUAUCUCUCCUAGGUGCCUCCAGUUUAAAGCCUGAAUUGACAUGUCCAUCCACCCCUGUGUUAUUUUGCUGUUGUUAUUUUUUUUUUCCCUCUGGAAAGGUUUGAGUUGUUUGAUGUUCACAGGUCUGGGACUAAGCUGACCAAAAAAAAAAAAAAGUUACUAUCCCUAUUGUUUGGGAGAUGCUCAGAGACAGUAAGUGGAGGGAUGGAAAGGCUUUUUUUCCAGCAGUGUCAUUGCAUAGCUGCUCUAACAGAUUCCUAAUUGUAGGGCAGAGUAGGAGUACUACCUCAGGGGAAGAUGCAGAGCUUUAGGGUCACAGACCACUAUCCCUUCAUCAGGACACUGUUUAAAGAAGGUCAGAAACACUGACACCAAUGUUCAUCCAGUAGGUGAAUUUCUGAGCAAACGAGAACCAAACCUAGUGAACGUAACAGUGGGAAUUCAGAGCUACUGGUCUUUAGUAUAACUGUGAGCCCAUCAGUUCUCCCUGUGCCACACUGUCCCAGUGCAUAAAGAGCUGACCAUAGCACUCAGCUCUAUCCAUAAACUGCUUUGAGAUCAGCUGAUAUACAGAGCUAUAGAAGAGCUAGCUCUUAAGAUUUAUUCAUUAUUACUGAAGUUUGAAAACCCUAUAAAAGCAGAUUAUGGUGCACUCUCUUAGACAAGUCAGGAACUCCCAACUUUUCAGGAGUCUCCAAAAACCAAGAUGUAAAAAUGCUUCAUUACUUUAGUAAUGGUGAAAAACAGACACACCACUUCUAGUUCCCCCAAACCAGUUGGGGAGCCAGCAGUGCCUCUAAGCACAAGGCCACAUCCAACAACCAAGUUCUCUCAUCUGGAGCUGCCACAUCUGGCCUGAACACAGUCCCCAACUGCCCCUCUUUUUGUUACCUGUACAUGUAUGUGUCAGGGGGCAGCCCAGGUUACCAUCUGAAAAUGAGGCCAUGUAUUUUUAAAUAAUGAGUAAGUCUAAUGAUUUCAGAGGCCUUCUACCAAGAAAACAGUGGGUCUGUUGUUGAAAGCUUGCUUGUUCAGAAAGUGUUCAUGGGAAAGAAUUGCCUUUCAAUCUUCAUUGCUUAACAAACUUAUUCUGGCUCUUGCUCUAUCACUCAGUGAACUGUAACUCACUGGCCAGUUUAGAGCUUGCCUGGGUCUGACAGUUUGCCACUCAAACAAUUGAAGCAGGAGGAUUCCCAAAGGGAAUUAACAAAUCUUUGCAGCAAUUAGAGUCUGUCAACUGAAAAAAAAAAGCUGCACUGCUGGAGAAAGAUGCCAUGAUGGCUAUUGUUGCAAUAAACAAAGAAAAGAGACUUGUUUCCAAGAGGAAUGGUAGGGGGCAUUUGUUGCAAGAUCUUUACUGAGUGAUGAAAUGAGCGUGAACAUCACAGAAAAUCGUAUGGAAGGGAGAGCAUGAGGCAGUGCGCUGAAAACAUCAACAGCAUUGAUGUGUGGGAACAAAGAAAGACGAGUGCCAAGAAACUCCAAGGAGAAAUAAAAGGGGUAGUGCAAGCUGUGAAUCUACAGCUUGGGUCUGGAUGGAAAAGCAGCAGGGGUUUCUGGCUGCAUGUUGAGAGUGCUAUUGCCCCUGCAGGUAUCUAAGCUAGGAUGCAGGCUAUCUGCCACAACAGCAUGUGUCCCGCUCCCACUGGCAGAAAUAAGGUCACGCUUGGCCUCAGGCUGAAGAACUUGGUUUGAAAUUCUUUGUCUGCCCCUGUUUUGCUCUCCUGCUGGCAUAUGGAUGUCUGUGUCAUCUCUAAAAGGGUGAAGGGAAAAUCCAGCUCUUCGCUGAAUGACAGCAUCAAGCUACAGUUUGGUUUUAUUUUUAUUCCUUCCUUUAGAUCAGAAAUAGAAUUUCAUCAGCAUGCACUGGCUCAGGAAAGUGCAGGUCUGGCACACUGGGGAAUUGCAAGACAUGUAUGAAAGGAUAAUGAGGGCAACUCGGAACCUCCUGGCCCUUCCCGUGGAGUGCAGCAAACUGGAAGAACUAUCAACCCUGCUGCACCAAGGUGAUAAGUCCAGACAGGCUUCUGGAAGAGGUUACCAUGAAUCGCUGUGCAGGCAGAAGGGCUGAUGAUGAUCUUGUCCAUGAAAUCCCUAGCCACACAUGCGAAAGCUGUUGCAUUCAAUAAAUCAGUGGAAAGGCCAUGGUGAACAAGAGGAUCUGUGUUUAACACUGAUUUUCUCAUUAUAAUCUUUCUUUUAAAUUCAGUGGAGUUACAAUACUGGUGAAUUUAAUGCUAAAAGGCAGAAGAGGCGAUUUAUUUGAAUACGUUUUUUUGCUGCUUGUUCUCAGACUUUCAAUUGUUUUUUUUCCAUAAGGAGUGCAGCUCUUGGUUUCUGUAGAUUCUCUGACACUCAGUGUAACGCAAGCAAAACCCAAAGCUCCUAAUUCUUCAUUGUUUAAAACAGGCAGAAGCUCCUCUGUAAUUAUGGGAACUGAAUCCAUUUGGUCCAAGGUUGGUCUCCUAUGUCAGAGAUUCAUUACUGUUAGUAAUUACUGUGUGAUGGAUUAGCUAAGUGCAGAUUCAGUUUCCUGGCUGACAACUGCAGACUUUGCAGAAAAAAUCACAUUUAUCCCAGCUAGAAAGUGAUCUCUUUUAUAAACCUCUAAUGGAAAGUUAUGUAUAGGAGAUAUUUUCUAUAAUUUUAUUGUAAUUGAUGAUAAAGCUAAAAUAAUGUCACAUGUUUAAUUAUCUUAAAACAUUUAAGAUUGAAAAUGAAACAAGCAGCAUAGCAAAUCAAGGUCUCUUCUACAUUUUCUGGUCCUAGAGAGUCUACCUUGCCUUCUCACCUCAGUCCACCAAGACAUGCCCUAAGCCCGACAGGCUUAUAGAAAAUAGCAUUUCUAUUUAUUUUGGUAUUUUUCUACCCUAAUCCCAUCCAGUGCCAAGCAGAAUAGAGGCUUAUGGUUGGCUCAGUUUUUAGAGAAAAGUAUUACCAAAUGUCUCUGAACAUAAAAGGGAGGUUCCGUUCUGUUUUAGGUGACUUACCUAAGCUCAUGGCUGCUUUUGAUUUUAUUCAAGCUGGUUCUUCCAUCUCUACUUGCAAUUAACACAUGCCUAAGUUAUAUAUAGGAAAGUUACAUUAAUGUGAGUCACAUUUGAGCAGUGAGGUGGCUGCAGAGCAAAGUGAUUUGCCUGAUACAUGAAGUCAGGGUGAAACAUGUUGGUGGCACUUGGAAAGGGUGGACCCAAACCAAAUCCUCAUUCCGAAUCCCCAGUUUUCUGAGGAACCCAUGUGUAGAAUCAUACUGAAGAAAUGUCUGCAAUGAGCCAAAUGGAGCCCUAGCUGGGUUCCAGGCCCAGUUCUAGAACUGAAGAAUUUUACCUUCAGAGAAUCCCUAUGAAACAUUCAGUGUUUUUGUGUUUUUGUUUCAUUUUGGGAAAUUCCAACAUGGCUGCUUUUCUCCAGCAGAUUCCACCCUCUGCACAGCAGGUAUAGAUGGAUCUUUAGUGCUCUUCUCUUUGCAGGUGGCAGUUGGAAUGGAGUGAUGUUCUGUCUCCCUGUCGUGCUGACCAGAGUCACUGAUGGGUUGCAGAACAGCUUUUUUUUCUCUUUUUUUUCCCAUUCUUUACAUCAGAAGAGCUUUUUCCAGAUUUAGUGUAAUAUCUAACAAUGUGUCUCCUUAAGAAGAAUGUCUAGGGAACUAAUUGCACUGUUAAUUGGUGUUUAGAGAUAAGGUGAAGCAGAAGUAUUGAAUGUAAGAACAAGAAAGCCUGUGAGUUAUAAUUACAUGCUGAAUUCUGACAUGUAAAAUUGUUGUUAGUUUGCUUCUUAUUUAAAUUACAUGUGAUCCAAGCAGUUUUACCACCGUGGCAGUACUAGUACAGCUGUGAUGAUCAAUUUAGAAGGCAUCCAGGGUCUUCUAGAAAGAAGCCAAUGUAGAUGAAUCUAUUCCCUGUACAAACUCCCCUCCUUGAUAUUCUGUAUUCUAUGACACCGUCUAGUCUAGAAGCACAGGACAGGAGUAUCAGCUUGUUGACUUUGCUGUUACUAGCCUUUGCCUAUUUUCUUAAUUACAAAUACAAUUUCAAGCUAAGGUAAGUGGCUCUCAUCAAAUAAGCCAGCGUUCUUCAUGCCAGUCUUCUGUGAAGAGCGUGACCUGCCUUCACUCAUAGCCCUGCACUCUGCAGCUCUCUGUGAGCUGCCAGUCUGCCCACAGGUGGUUUUGAGGGAGGGAGAUGCAGUGAACUGGAACCUGAUCACGGAUUGCUGUCUUAGGUCAUUCAUCGAGUUUGUAUGAUUUCAUCAUUAAUAACAAAGCUGCAAUAUAGUAUGACUGAGAGACCACAGUGUAUUUUCUAUUGCCAUUCAGUGGGUGGGGGUUGGAGGGGCAGCCGGGUUUAAAGUUUAGCUGGUAUACUUUAAACUCUGUGUACAUAACCUUGGAGGACACAUGGGUGGUAAGGGUUGAGUUACUGUUUUCUUGGAUUGGUAAAUUUCACUUUCAUAUUUCAUUUAAAUAGUAAGGUAUUUAAUGUCAUUGUACAAAGAGCUAUUAAUUUAAAUGAUGCAUUUGUUCUCCUAAAACAGAUGUAUCUAAACUUUCUUUUUGGCAAGCCUGCAGCAAUGCUACACAUAGCAUUAUGUUGACUUUUGUACUUUGGGGGAGUACGUGGAAGGGGAGGGGAAAUGCUUUCCUCUUCAAACAGUGUUGCCCAUAGUUAACUUUCUGCUUGGGUAUAUAACUUGAGUUCCCUUUACUCCAGAUUUUCAUGUGAAGUUCUCUUAAAGGGACGGAACAAGCAGAGGUUAUGCCAAAAGAUCUCAAUUGUAUCAUCUUGUAAUAUAUUGCAGCUUUAUGCCAAUGAUUCCUUGCUUACCUGUACACAGUCCAUGCAUGUUUUGAACUAAUUUUGCAUUCUCCAUUUGUGGUGAGUUAUUUAGCAUUUUGACCACCUUUUGUGCCAUUCAACUUGUACAGAAAACAUUUUUAUUGACGUUUUAAAGGGAGGGGGAAGAAAAGAAAAAACCCUUCUGCUCCCUAGUUGUAGGUAGAACUCGAUUACUUAGCAAACAGAUGUAGAUGAGUGGUUGUAGUGUUAGAAAUGUUAGCUUGCUUGUGAACAAGCUUUUGAGAGUAAAUGCAUGGUCUUGUACUUCACUUAAUUAGCUUUUCCUUUCCUCCUGGAAAGAUUCUCCCCCUCUCUCUCUAUUCUAUCUUUGUCUCUCUCGUGGUUGUAAAGUACAGAUUUGGGCAUAAAUAAAGUGAUAUACAAUGAGGUUUGAAAAGCAGUUCUCAACAGAUUCUCUUGGGGAACUUCUCACUGCGCUCUGCCUUGGCACUUUGGUUAGACUCUUUCAAGAUAAAACAGAUGGAGAACAAUCACCUGUUGCCUCUGCUUGAACUGGGGAACAAGUUAAUCCUUGGAAGUUUGCACCACGGGUGAACAAUGAGAUCUUGAUGAUCCAUUGCAGCUGAGGCAUGUGGCACGUGGGCUACGGGCCGUGGCUUCCACACCUGGUUGUUUGACAUGGGAUUAGUCCCACGGCCCCUGAUUUGCAGAGUUUGCACGCACUUUUUGAUUUUCCUGGAUACACAGCAGAGGGGAGAUAGUGGAUGAUAUAUAGGAAUUAUGUUGUUAUGGGUUCUGCAGGCAGCUCCUUCUCCACACUCCCAAGCUCUGGGUUGAGUACACAGGGCCUAUUAUUGUAUAGCCGUGGUUCUGUUGGCAGAUGAGGACAGGAAAUAAAGGCUAUAAAAAGACAGGGGGUCACAGAUAAAGAUGGAUUUUGUAAGAAAUGGACUUAAAAAUCCCCCGCAAAACCCUGCCUCAAAACCGCAAAGUCUACCUUGAUCCAUGCAUUUAUUCCCCUCUUCUCCCUUAGCAGAAUUUCCUUUUGUUAGAAGAUUUGACUUUCUAGAAAAAAAAAUCCAUUUUUGUGAGGUGUUGUGAACUGUUUUUACCACUUGUAAUAACCAUCCCAGGUCUGAGUAUUCUUGUAAUGCAAUGCCAUGCAGCAGAGAACCUGUCCACUUUCUAGCUUUGCUCUCAAUAUUUGUUACUCAUUGUUUUCUCAUCUAAAUGUACAUUUGCAAGAUGUGUGUAAUGUCAUUUUCAAGAAAUAAAAUUUGGUUUCAAUAUUUAGGCCG